CCUCCUCAUCCCUCCCUCCGCCUGCCUCCCGCCCACCCCCGCGCCGCCAUGGACGGGGGCGCCUUCGGAGCGGGGAAAGCCGGCGGCGCCUUCGACCCGCACGCCUUCAUCCGGCAGCCGCAGACCCUCCUGCGGCUCCUCUCCUGGGUGUUCUCCAUCGUGGUGUUCGGCUCCAUUGUCAAUGAAGGGUACGUGAACCGCCUGGACGAGACACAAGAGCACUGCAUUUUCAACCGCAAUCGCAAUGCCUGCAACUAUGGCAUUACCGUGGGUGUCCUCACCUUCCUCAGCUGCCUUCUUUACCUGGCUCUGGAUGCCUACUUCCCACAGAUCAGCAGCGUCAAGGACCGCAAGAAGGCAGUGCUCUCGGACAUCGGAGUCUCGGCCUUUUGGGCAUUCCUCUGGUUCGUUGGCUUCUGCUUUUUGACCAACCAGUGGCAAGCUUCAAAAGAAGAGGACAACCCACUGAACGAGGGAGGGGAUGCAGCCCGAGCAGCCAUCACGUUCUCGUUCUUCUCCAUCUUCACCUGGGUGGGCCAGGCAUUCCUGGCGUAUCAGCGUUUCCAGCUGGGUGCCGAUUCGGCCCUCUUCUCCCAGGACUACAUGGACCCAAGCCAGGACUCCGGCAUGCCUUAUGCUCCCUACACGAACGAGGAGGAUGCUACAGAUGCGGUGGGGACGUACCAGCAGCCCCCUCCGGCAGAUGCUUUCGACACCGAGACACAGGGGUACCAAACGCAGAACUACUGAGCCACCGAUGCCCCUUUCCCUUCCCCUUUCCCUUCUGUCCCUUUUCCCGCUGCCGGCAGAAAGCCAAGGCACAAACCAGAGACGUGCGUAGUGGCACAAGAGGUGGCUCUCAGCUAUGCUCCAGCCUUCUGGGUCAUCUGUUUUUAUUUAUCGUUUUUAAAAAAGGAAAAAAAAAAAAAGAAAAAAAGGUUUCCCCAUCACCUCUUCCUUCUCCUCCCCCCCUAAAACUACCUGCCGGAACCAAAUUCUUCCAAAAUCUGUCACCGCAUUGUGACAGGAAGGUCCCUCCUCUCCCUCCUGCCUUGCUGCGGAGGGCAGAGUCUGGCCGGUGGGCAGGAGACAGGCUGCGGCACCAGCAGGGCAGGGGAGAGGGUGCUGGAGGUAGAAGGGAAGGUGUGAGAGGGACCGGGGACCUUCCUAGAAGAGACGGUGUCACUAAAGGCUGGAGUAGACGUGGGACCAUCCGCACGGGGCUGGAGGGCCUGGUGGCUCAGGGAGAGGGAUGACGGUGUUGGAGUCAGUGUGCGGGAGUGCAAGGGUCCAGGGGGGCUGGAGGGGAGCGGGAACGGCGUCCCCUGUGCAAAGACAGGGCGGCUUUUCUCUGCCACACGCUACUGGGGGAGGAGUGCUUUAUUUUUAGAGGGUUUUGGGGAGAAGGGGUAUGGGGAGGGGCACAAAGAGAUAAAAUGGGAUGGAGGAAGAUUUGCAGGUACAAUGAAAAACCACAGGCAUGUCUGUAGGUUACAGCAAGAGGCUCAGCAGAGCAGAGGGGCAGUGCCAGGAGAGAUUCUCCUUCCCCAGCCCCCUUGGAUUGAGGUGGAGGUGGUUCCCCUCGCCUGUACGUCCUGCUCGCCACUCUUCUCAGACCAGCGUUUGGUGAGGCAGGAGGGGAGCCAUGCCCAGUCCCCGGCCCCCAGACGCAGUGCCUGUGGGAGGAAGGAUGGAGGAGGUGGGCUUCUAGGGGGUCCCGAGAGCCCUCAUCCCCAGCUGGGCUGGUUCGAGGGGGAGAGGAGAGCUUUGCCAUUUCACCCUGGGCAGGAGGAGGAGAAGAAAGCCAGUUUUGCUCCUCAGGUCCUGCUGAACCCUCCUCCAUUCCUCUGCUACCACAGUGCAAAGCCUCUUGCUGAUGCCGUCUUUGCAGCACACAGGAAUGGAGCAGGACUCCCCCAGGAAAGAAAUACUGCUGCUGGGACGGCCAGUGUGCGUCUGGCUCUUGCCCGGGGUUGCAGCCAAGCAGGGAAGGGUCCUGCCCUGCGCGGCUGCGCUUUCCCUCUCACUCAGAUGGGGGGAAGGUCUUGGUAUGCAGAGAAUUGCUUGGGGCCAGACGGAGCUCUCCGAAAACUGGUCUUACUGUACUUUAUGUAGACUAUACCUUAGUGCGUCUUCUGCAGCAUCUCAGAUUCUGGCUGUCUUUAAAGCCUCACCUAGGUGGCAGUACUGACUCUCAGAUAGAGCUCGUCUGGACAUUAUUCCCCACUCCUCCUGGUUUUGCUUCAAGUAAAGACACAGCUGUGGGAGCACACUCUUUUAUUCCAGGAUAGAAGUAAGGUCUAUGUGUGAAGACGGUCCCUAGAGGGAAAUAAUUCAGCAAUUCUCCCCAGCACAGACAUCCCAAAGCACAAGAAGCAGGGUACGCCUUGCAGCAGUGAGGAGCUCCAUCCCCCAGGCAGCCACCCUGCUCCACGCAACACUGGCCCCAAGUAGCAGAGAUCAGGAGCAGAUCCAAAAAUCCAUAGGUGCUCCCCCUGACCGUCCAGCCUACUCCCCGUAGCACCCUUAGGAGUCGGGAGGAUGGGACAGAGGUCUGGCCUGUGGUCCUGUGAACAUCUCAUCUGGAGGACACCGAGGUUACCAGUCCUCCCCCUCCUUCUCUCCAGCUGCCCCACAGCGAUGGGGAAGGGGUAGAAACCGUAGCAGAGCUGCGAGCCCCGGGAGGGAACAGGGGCAGUUGGUCUCAGCUGUAUAUAGGCGCCGUUUCUACCUGCUCUUCCCAGCAGAUUUGUGCUGCCGGUGGCUGUCCCCAUGGCUCGUCCUCCCCAUGGCUUGCCCCCCCCCUUGCUGGUGGUUAACCACGGGUGAGGAUGGGAGAGGGGGACCAGCUAGCCCUGUGGAUGUACCAGGAGGGACUGGGCACACAUCCCUCGCUCUGUGGCUGUGAGCAAAAGCAAUAUUGUAAAUAGGAGGGGUAUUUUUUUGGAGGGAAGCCCCUUGGGCUUCUUUUUCUGUGGGCUCAGCCUAAUAUUUAGGCUUGGGAGGGGGUUACUUUAUUGAGAGAGGUUCGUUAUGAUGGUGGCUGUGGGGGGAGCUCCCUCCAGUCUGUCUCUCCUGCCGGGGGAGAGGAAAGAACAAAUGACGAGGUGGAGGAGGAGGAAAACUACUUGUACUCACCCAGAUUCAUCUGUGUCAUCCUUAAUGCUUUCAUUUGGGGGGGGGACACAACCAAGAGGAGAAGGAGGCUAUAAAUCACUAGUUCUCAGCACAAAAAUGUGUUGUACUUUUGGGGAGGAACUGCCCAUCACUUGUCCCCUCUCGGUGAGGGACCAGGCGCAUGGGGAGAGGUGCGGACCAUGCGUGGGGGGUCUCCCUGGGUCUCUGUUUUGGGGUGUACCACAGGGGCAUCUUACAUGGCCCUUCUCCCAUCAGCGUUCUGUAGACGGCUAAACACCAUUUGGGGCUGAAUAAUGAGCAAGCUUUUCUUUAUCCUCUCUGGCUUGCUUCCCUCACGUAACCAGCUGAUGGGCUCUGGUGGGCUUGACGUAGGAAUGAGCCUCCCCGCUCAGAGCCGGCACUUCAGUGAGACAUGAGCCGGGUGGCCUCAUCCUGGGUUACUGCCCAUCCUUCUGUCCGUCUCCUUGCUUUUUGUCGUAGGAAAAGCAUUGGCAUGGCAGGGGACACUGCAACAUAGAUACUUGGGCAACUUCUUGCUUUUGCUCAUGGGAGAAGACGUACUCUCCUUGGGUUGCCAUGCUUUCAGCCUUUGCAGUGGAGGGUUGGUGGUGACAGACCUGGGGGCGGGACUCUCCUUGUUUGCAUGUAGCUCUUUAAAAUGCAAUUUCCAGUGGCAUUUGGCUGGUUCUGCAGCUGAUGAGAGAUCCGGACCUACCCGAAGGGUUGGUUAUCUUAUCUUAGGCGCUUCUGAUAAGGUGCUGCCUGUUUCUGGUGAUCAUAGGCAAGACCUGAGCAGCUGGCUGGAACAUGUCCCUUUUAGAUGCUAAACGUGGGUGAGAUCAGCCUCACUCUAGGGAUUAGGAGAUCAGAGGGAAGGCUGUAUAAGCAAAAGGAUAAGGCGGCUUUCUUUCCCCUCUGCCAUUUGUUCGGAUUACAGAGGAUUACGCAUCCCCUGUUGUGAGCAAUGGCCUCUUGAUGUCUUCUUAUCUUGCGAAGCCCCCAAGUAAGGGACUGGUUUGUGGAAGUAACGGCUGUGAAGGGCAAAGGGAUGAUGAAACUUUGCCUCAGUUCCGCCUGUGGCUUCAGCCUCCUGACGUGUCCCCAUCCCUGGCUCACCCACGUCCCCCCCGCACUGCUCGUCACCUCACCGCACACCCUUCCCCUCCGCGUUAUUCCUGGCACUUCCCUCAGGGGAGGAGGCAUCUUUGUCCCUGCACCCUCGCAAGCACUUGGGAGGACCCGGGAAGGCAGCGUUGCGGGGGGGGGGGGGGUCCACAGGAGUCUCGGCUCCUCGUCCCCAGAGCAGGUACAAGGCAAGGAGCCCAGCGAGGUCACUUCACGCAGCAAGUCCAAACCGUCCAUCCAGACAAUUCCCUGCUGCCUGCGUGGCAUCCGUAUGUAACACCGCCUGGGCUGCCCUGCCCCUUCCCCUGCCGCAUUACUGCCUGUGUAUAGUAUAUAUAUUAUAUAUAUAUAUUUAAAAAGAUGUAUAAUAUAAAGCUAUACAUAUAUACGUAUAUACGAUGACUCAUGGAUGGCCUGCCGCAUACAGGAUCCCCUGAGUGGUCUUGUCUAAGCCCGAGUGUCCCUUCACCCCUCCUCCCCUCGCCCCCGUCCGAUCCAAAAUCCAACUACAGCGAACCCCGCCACCUCGGCACCUGUGUUUACAAUGUCCUAUAUAUUUGUGGUUAACAAAGUGAAGGUGGUAACUACUGGUGUCUCAAUAAAGUUAUGACGUCCAAAAUAACCAAACUA